AUGGCAGCCUCCGAGGAGGUACCUAUCCUGGAUUUCCUCUCCCAGCACCUUUUCCUGGUACUGGCGUCGUCCGUGGCUCUCUGGUACCUGUGCCUUGGGAUCUACAGGCUUUUCUUCCAUCCCAUUGCAAAGUUCCCUGGACCCAAGCUCGCAGGAUUGACCUACUGGUACGAGACCUACCACGAUUUCGUCCGAAGGGGCAAGUACACGGAGCAGAUCUCAACCCUUCAUGACAAAUAUGGUCCGAUCAUACGCAUCAAUCCAGAAGAGCUUCACGUCCGUGAUCCCAAGUUUAUCGAUACGUUAUACUCGUAUACUUCCAAACGCGGGAUAGCCACUUGGCUUACCGGGCCCUUCGAUUUCGAGGGCACACACUUCGGCUCCUUGAGCCAUGACCUCCACCGGACACGCCGAGCACCCCUACAGCGUCUCUUCUCGAGAUCCAUGGUCGUGAAGCUCGAGCCACUCAUCAAGCAAAACGUUGUCAAACUCGCCAAGAACGUUGAGACGUGGGCCGGAACCGGCAAGCCGCUGUCCCUUGUCGACGCCAUCUCGUGCAUGGCGACGGAUAUCAUCACUGAAUACUGUUUCGGCCGCAGCUACGGCUUCCUGGACGACCCAAACAUGGAGAAGAGCUUAUACAAUGCGAUUCACACCGGCAUAGAGGCCGUGAUCCCGUUCAGACACUUUCCGCUGUAUCAAAAAUUGUUCUACAGCCUACCGACGUGUGUCAUUGAGUGGAUGAAUCCCGACAUGCAGCUGUGGAGGGAGUUCCGGACCGACAUCCGGUCCCACGUCCGCAAAAUCAAGCAAGACAUAGUCCAGGGCGUCAUCAAGCCGUCGGAGUCGUCUCGCGCCACCGUCUUCACCGAGAUCCUCACCAGCAACAUGCCCGACUCGGAAAAGGACACGGAGCGCCUCAGCCGCGAGGCCCAAGCCAUGGUGCAAGCCGGCAUCGAAACCGUAUCAUGGAGCCUCACAACCAACCUAACCUACCUCCUCUCCAACCCGCCCGCCCUCGCCAAACUCCGCGCCGAACUCCUCGCCGCCAUCCCCGAUUCCUCCCCCCCAUUCUCCCUCCCCCCCUGGCAAUCCCUCGAACAGCUCCCCUACCUCUCCGCCUGCGUCCUCGAAGGCCUCCGCCUCGGCUACGGCGUCGUCACGCGCCUCCCGCGCAUCCCCGAGACGGAGACGCUGCUCUACACGGACGAACGGCAUUCGUCAUCGUCGCCACGUGGAUCAAACAAGACGUGGGCGAUCCCGCCGGGCACGCCCGUCGGCAUGUCGGCGUACCACGUGCACCACGACGAGAGCGUGUUUCCGGAUAGCACGCAGUACCGGCCGGAGCGGUGGCUGGACGACGACGAUGGCGACGCGGCGGGGGGGAGGCGUGGUGGUAGUAGGAGGAAGAAGCUGGAGGGGUGUCUGCUGUCGUUUUCCAAGGGGAGCAGGCAGUGCGUCGGGAUGCAUCUGGCGCACGCGGAGCUGUGGUUGGGGUUGGCCAUGUGGGUGAGGUGGUUUGGGGACAGGUUGGAGCUGGCGGGGGGGUGUGGGGUCGAGGAUGUGAGGUAUCAUCACGAUGCGUUCUUGCCCGCGGUCAGCCCAGACAGCAAGGUUAUCAAGGUGUUGGUGAAGCCAAAGGUCGGGGAGUGA